AUGUCCCUAGUGGAACACUGGAACCACGACUCAAACCUUAUCAGACGACAAACAGCGCGAGAAGAUCUUCACCGACACUACCGAAGACUAACGAACGACAAUUACUCGAUUGUGUCCGCCGGCCCACAGAACGCUUCACCCAUUCUUCCUUCGGUACCGCAGCUUCUCUCCGUGGCGCAGAGUGUCGAGGAAUUUAACGAGGAUCCGGAAGGGGCACUGCAUCCAGAGACCGAGACAGAGUCCGAGACCGAGUCAGAUACUAGCGAUGCCGACGCUGACGCUGACGCUGACGGGGAGUCUGAGUACGAAUACAAAUUCGAUUAG